GCCGCCGAGAAGGAGCUGGCGUCCCUCCGCUCCGCGGCACAGGAGAAAGGCCGGUCGGAGGAGAGCUGGAAGGAGCAAGUGUCCCAGUGCGUCCAGGAGAUGGAGAGGAAGAACAGCCUGAUCGGCAGCCUGGAGCACGAGGUCUCCAUCCUCCAUCGGCAGGUGACGGAGAAGGAGGGGGAGAGCAAGGAGCUGAAGCGCCUGAUCGUGGCCGAGCAGGAGAAGAGCAAGAAGCUGGAGGAG